UCCCCAGGUGCCACCCCCGUGUCCGUGCCACCCUCACCGUGGAGUCCCUGCGGGCGCUGUCGCAGCUGCACUCCCCGCCCGGGGGGGGAGGUGCCAGCCGCCACCGCCGCGGUGCCAGCGGUGCCAGCGGUGCCAGCAGUGCCAGCGGUGACAGCAGUGUCCCCCCGAUGUGGGAGGAGGAGGACGAGUGCCUGCACUUCCACGGCAUGCUGUCCCUGCACCGCCUCUUCGAGGUGCUGGCCGCGCAGCUGACCCCGGCCGACGUCACCGUGCUGUCCUUCCUGCUGGACGAGGCCCUGUCACCGUGCCCCGGGGACGGUGACAGCGGGGCCAGCCCCCCGAGGGGGCGGCGGGACCCCCGGGACGGGCUGGAGCUGCUGCUGGAGCUGGAGCGGCGCGGGCUGUGCCACGAGGGGGACCUGGGCCUGCUGCGGCAGCUGCUGCGGCUGCUGGCACGGCACGACCUGCUCAGGUGUGUGACGCUGAAGAGACCGCGGCCAG